AUGAACCAAGACAUCCAUCAAGACCGCAUCAAGCGCCAGCAAGAACAUCGUCGUGAUCAUCUGACCGACAGCGCAUCUCCUGAGCCAAGAGCUAUGACUCCACGGGGAGAGACACACAAGAAGAUCGCUGCAAGGUCGAAAGAGAGGACAAGACAGUUGGCCUACGAUCUCGAGGUGGUGAAAGAGGGCAUGGACAAACUGAGAAUGGAGAUGGAGAGUGUUUGGAAGAAGAUGAAUGCUCAUGACCAGUGA